AUGCUGUCAAAUGUAACUCGACGCUCAUUCCCCGCCGUUGUCCGCGGCCUUGCCUCCAGCGCUCGCACUUUCAACCCUCCCGGUCCUGUCGCCACGUCCGCAUUCCCAUUUUUGCCAUCAAACCAUCUUCAGCCCAAGCCGCGCCAGCUUGGGCUCACAGAAAUACGCGGCCCGUACUAUGCACCCGUCACUCAGACGUAUCUCGACGACCUCUUAGCCGACUGGGGCUCCUUCGUGGACGGUGUCAAGUUCGCCGGAGGAGCGUUCACGCUGAUGCCAGAAGAACGUCUGCGCGGCUUGAUUGAGACAGCUCAUAAGCAUGACUGCUAUGUGAGCACGGGCGGCUUCAUUGAGAAGGUGCUCUCGUCCUCCAACGGCGACCGCGCCGUCAUCGAACGCUACCUCAAGACCUGCAAGGACCUAGGCUUUGACGUGCUGGAGCUCUCGUCCGGUUUCUUGUCUAUUCCCACCGAGGACUGGGCUUCCUUGGUCGAGCUCACGGCUAAGCAUGGUCUCAAACCCAAACCCGAGGUUGGCAUCCAGUGGGGUGCCGGAGGCGACGCCUCUGUCGCCGAACUUGAAUCGGCGGGCACUCGUGAUCCGAAAUGGCUUAUCGACCGCGCGAAUACCUUCCUACAGGCCGGUGCAUAUAUGAUCAUGAUAGAGAGUGAGGGCAUUACGGAGAAUGUGCGCGCCUGGCGCACUGACGUUAUUUCGGCUGUUACCUCGGCGCUGCCCAAAGAUAAGAUCAUGUUCGAGGCUGCGGAACCAGCUGUCUUCCAAUAUCACAUCCAGAAUCAGGGAGCGAACGCCAAUCUCUUCAUCGACCACUCUCAGAUCGUACAGCUUGCGUGCCUUCGCAAGGGUAUCUGGGGAACGGGAAGCACCUUUGGGAAGAUUGUGACCUUGAGCGAGUGA